CCUGGAAACUCUUAUUGGACCGACUGGUUGGUGUUUCGUAUCCUGUUCAGUCUGCUGUUCUUUGCUGCAUUUGGCGGCUGAUGAAAAUUCAUGUAAAUCAUAGGUGCCAUUGGGCACUUGAUUUGAUAUCAACAAAAGACAAAUACUUAAUAUCAGUGUGUGAAAUUAAAGGUGCAGUGCCCAGAUUGUUUUACGUAACUGUGAACUCCAGCUGAAGACACUAGAAACCUUCAUUUUCAAAGAUUUUACAAUUCUGAAAUGAGCUCUGUGGAAGUAGAAGUAAAGAAGUCCCCAUGCUGUGCUUGAACAACUGUGAUGUUGCACAUUCAGUACUACUUACACGUUCGACCUCCAGGCCGCAAAAAAACCCAAUGUGCUAAUUGUUUUCGCAGAAGAAUUGAAGUAAAUUAUUAAAAAUGAUCAAUAACAGAAAAUUGUUGAUCACGUUGCUUGCCGUGUGCUCGCUGUAUUUUUGCGUGCACGUGAUCAACAACAGCGGUACGCCGGUGUUUCGCGAGCUGCAGCAAUCUGGACGAAAUCUGGCCGCCUUGGAGGCCAACUUGGACAAUGGGCCCCUCGUCGUUCAGGAUUCGUUGCUCUCCGCCGAGCCCACCAGGAUAUUUAAAAACUCACCAAUUUCAGUGCCAAAUGCAAGGGAUGCAUCGCCUAUGGAAAAGACAAUCCCAGAAAAAGUACUUGAUAUUAUUAAGUGCAUGGACAAGCCCAUGGCGGCGAAAACGCAGCAGCGUGGGGACUACUGGGUUUUGUACAACUACAUUACCCCAGAAAAAAAAUUCAGGUGCCAUGAAAGUAUUACGUAUACUACCCAUGCAGACUAUUCGUUCAUGGAUAAUCUAGUGCCAUUGUUGGAUAGGUGGCGUGGACCGAUCAGUAUAGCCAUGCACGCGCCAGGAACCGACUUCCAGAAUACGAUUGAUUCUAUCGCGUACCUUCGCGACUGCGUCGACCCUCUUGUCAAGGAAUACGUCACGUUCCACGUUUACUUUAGUACCAAACACGUGCCUAAAGUGGUUCCAAAACAUAACAAUGUCCUUACAGAACCAUACAACUGUUCAUUGACGCCUCCAUUUGCGAAUGUCAGUUCAGAUCAAAUGUACAAGGCGCAGAAAAAACUGCUUUAUCCUGUGAACGUGGGACGCAACGUGGCUCGGGAGGCGGCCCAGACUCACUUUAUUCUGCCUUCAGACAUCGAACUUUAUCCCAGUCCUAAUCUUAUCAAUAAGUUCCUAAAUAUGAUUGCAGAUAACAAGGGUCCGCUGCUCAGCAAGAACCCCAAGGUCUAUCCACUGCAUAUUUUUGAAGUUGGUGGGAACCAACAGGUUCCAGAAACUAAGACAAUUCUAAAGGAAAUGUUAAGCAACAAAAGCGCCAUUCCGUUUCACAAAAAUCUAUGUCCAAGCUGCCAUAAUAUACCAAAGGCGAAGGAGUGGCAAAAUACAGAGGAGACUGAGGGUUUACAUGUGUUUCACGUAGGCAAAAGAAAUGGCAAAUAUAUUCAUUGGGAACCGAUAUUUAUCGGAACACACAACGAUCCGCUCUAUGAUGAGCGACUUAGUUGGGAAGGAAAAAGCGACAAAAUGACUCAGGGUUAUGCAUUGUGUGUAAUGGAUUACGAUUUUCUUAUACUGGACAACGCGUUUUUAGUCCACAAGCCUGGCAUAAAACUAUACAAAAAGGAUUCUAGAAGAGCCACGCUUGCUGCCAAAACAAAUCAGCUUAUAAAAAAAAUUAUUUUCCCUGAACUAAAAGUUUUGUAUGGCAUUAGGAAAGGCUGUGCUGUUUAAGUUUUAAUACUGUAGUAUUUUUUUAUAAAUUUAUGAGGAAAUUGUCGCUUGACCACUAAAUAAUUACUAUGCACACCAAAUAUUUGGUGCAAUGACGCUUUUGGAUGCCUUUAUUUUUUAUUUCCUAUAAUCUAAAUUUAAAUAACCUAGAUUACAAAGGAAAUAAUAUUUGUAUGUAAUGUAUCCAAUUUAUUAUUAUUUUUAUAAUUUUGAUUCUGAAUAACAAAAAAAAGAUUUUAUUAAGGUAUUACUUUCACUAAAAAGACAAAUUUGCAUUAUACCCAGUGUUCUAAAGUUAAAGUUACAACACUUUUGAUAAAACAACUAUUGAUUUGAGUCUCUGUUUUUAUUUUAAAGGAAAUUUUUUAUUAAUCCCUUAUACCCUUGUUGUAAAACUUUAAGUACUUUGUAAAUACAUUUUAUGAAUAUUUUUUAUGUGAUAAAUUAAUAUUCUAAUUUUAAAAACUGAAGUCAUUUUUUCUCAAAUACAAUAAAGGUUGUCCUUUUUG